AUACUGCAAAAUUCUGCCCAUGACCUUGUGCGUUCCCUUACCGGCAAUGUCCCCUUCGGGGUGACAUACGAAAAAUUUGGAACGAUACAGAGAAGAUUAGCAUGGCCCCUGCACAAGGAUGACACGCUUUUCCGGAGUGGUAGACCUACGGGUCUCAAUAUUUUU